CAUGCAGACCCUUUUUCCCAGGUCCUUUUCUGAUUCUCACUCCCCUUGUCACAGUCUCCUCCUCCUCCUUCCUCUCUUUCUCCGAGCGAAGCCAGCGACGGCCAAUUUUCAGGGUUUUUGCCGGACUUCGGCGUUGGGCCUUGAAGCGGCUGGAAUCCCGAAAGGGAUGGAGGAAACUUCAACAGCUACUUUAGAUGCAGAGAUAACAGCAAUAAGGUUCGGCUUGGCAUCUCGACAAGAGAUUUGCGCCGCAUCCAUCAGUGAUUGCUCAAUUACUCAUGCGAGUCAGCUUUCCAAUCCGUUUCUUGGCUUGCCUCUCGAAUUUGGGAGGUGUGAAUCAUGUGGCACGUCCGACCCCGGUAAAUGUGAAGGUCAUUUUGGAUAUAUUGAAUUACCGAUCCCAAUAUAUCAUCCCAGCCAUGUUAGCGAACUGAAGCGGAUGAUAAGCAUGCUGUGUUUAAAAUGCUUAAAAAUGAGAAACAAUAAGUUUCCAAUCAAGAAUGCUGGUGUUGGUGAACGACUAUUAGCUUCAUGCUGUGAGGAUGCUGCACAAGUUUCUAUAAGAGAGGUUAAGACAUCAGAAGGUGCACAAUGCUUGCAGUUGAAGGUAUCAUCAAGGUUAAGAUUGCGAGAUGGCUUCUGGAACUUUCUUGAAAGAUAUGGUUUUCGAUAUGGUGACAAUAUUUCUCGACCUCUACUUCCUUGUGAGGUUGUGGAAAUUCUCAAAAGAAUUCCUGAGGAGACCAAAAGGAAACUUGCUGGAAAAGGAUUCUUUCCUCAAGAUGGAUAUAUUAUCCAGUAUCUACCUGUUCCUCCAAAUUGCUUGUCUGUUCCAGAGGUUUCUGAUGGUGUUAGUGUUAUGUCCUCGGAUCUUUCAGUGACGAUGUUAAGGAAGGUUCUCAGGCAAGUUGAGAUCAUUAAAGGUUCAAGGUCGGGAACUCCUAAUUUUGAGUCCCAUGAUGUGGAGGCUCAAGAUUUGCAAAUUGUGGUUAAUGAGUACUUACUAGUCAGAGGUACUGCAAAGGCAUCUAGAGAUAUUGAUACACGCUAUGGGAUUGGUAAAGAGCCAUCAAAUACUGCUACCAAAGCAUGGCUUGAGAAAAUGCGGACGUUGUUUAUUAGAAAAGGCUCAGGAUUUUCCUCUCGCAGUGUGAUCACUGGUGACGCCUUUAAGAAGGUCAAUGAAAUAGGCAUUCCUACUGAGAUUGCGCAGAGAAUAACAUUUGAGGAGAAGGUCAGCAUUUAUAACAUGAAUUAUUUGCAAAGUCUGGUGGACAAGAAGUUGUGUUUGGCAUACAAAGAUGGUUCAGCCAUGUAUUCACUCAGAGAGGGUUCCAAAGGGCAUACCUCUUUGAGGCCUGGCCAAGUUGUUCAUCGCAGGAUUAUGGACGGGGACAUUGUGUUUAUCAAUAGACCACCGACCACACAUAAGCACUCUCUACAAGCACUGUCGGUUUAUGUACACGACGAUCACACUGUGAAGAUAAAUCCCUUGAUCUGUGGACCUCUUGGUGCUGACUUCGAUGGGGAUUGCAUCCACUUGUUUUAUCCACAGUCAGCACCUGCAAAGGCCGAGGUUAUGGAACUCUUUUCUGUGGAAAAGCAGUUGCUGAGCUCACAUAGUGGGAAUCUAAAUCUGCAACUAGCGACGGAUUCCCUGUUGUCGCUGAAGAUGAUGUUCAGGAAAUAUUUUUAUGGUAAGUUAGCCGCUCAGCAGUUGGCGAUGUUUGUUUCAUCAGAGUUGCCGCAUCCUUCUUUAUUGAAGGCUCACCAGUUCUGUCCUACCUGGACGGUUUUGCAAAUGUUGCAAACUGCUUUGCCAGCAGGCUUUAACUGUUGUGGAGAUAAAUACUUGAUCAGUAAAAGUAAUUUCUUGGAUGUAGAUUACAGUAGGGAGUUCAUUGCAUCGAUGGUCAGUGAAAUUGUCACGUCCAUAUUUUUUGAGAAAAGUCCUGUGGAGGUUUUGAAGUUUUUUGAUGCACUUCAGCCAUUACUGAUGGAAAACUUAUUUACAGAAGGCUUUAGUGUGUGUCUAGAGGACUUCUAUAUACCCCAAUCAAUGAUCCAAGACAUUCAGAAGAACAUUCGGGUAAUAUCGCCACUGCUGUAUCACCUAAGAACGACUUACAAUGAACUGGUGCAAUUGCAGCUGGAAAAUCACCUUCGAUUAACAAAACUGCCGCUAUCGCGAUUUAUCUUGAAGUCAUCUGCGCUGGGUGAUCUGGUGGACUCGAAAAGUGAUUCAGCAAUCACUAAGAUAAUUCAGCAAAUUGGGUUUCUUGGUGUUCAAAUCUCAGACAAGGGAAAAUUCUAUUCCACCUCGUUGUUUGAUGAGAUGGCCUCCCUUUUUAGGAGGAAAUAUUUCUUUGAAGGAGUUGAUUAUCCAUCUGGUGAGUACGGUUUAAUCAAGAGCUCCUUCAUUUGCGGGUUGGAACCAUAUGAGAUGAUGGUCCAUUCUAUAUGUACUAGGGAGGUCAUUGUACGAUCUACAAGGGGAUUGUCUGAACCAGGAACACUGUUUAAAAAUCUAAUGGCCAUCCUUCGAGAUGUAGUCAUAUGCUACGAUGGCACUGUGCGGAAUGUUUGCAGCAAUUCAAUUAUUCAAUUUGAGUAUGGUUUUGAGGUUGGAGCCAAGCCAGAAAAUCUCUUCCCUGCAGGAGAGCCCGUUGGUGUAUUAGCAGCAACUGCCAUGUCAAAUCCUGCUUAUAAAGCAGUUCUUGAUUCCUCUCCUAGUAGUAAUUCCUCAUGGGAGCUAAUGAAGGAGAUACUGCAAUGCCGAGUCAACUAUAGAAAUGAACCAGUCGAUCGCCGUGUAAUUUUGUACUUGAAUCGAUGUGGUUGUGGAAGAAAGCAUUGCAGUGAAAAUGCAGCAUGUCUAGUCAAGAGUCACUUGAAGAAAGUGAGUCUCAAAGAUCUCACAGUUGACUUCAUGAUCGAGUAUAAGGAACUACGGACAGUGUUGGAAAGCUCUGAAGCUCAUGCUGGACUGGUUGGUCAUAUUCAUCUCAAUGAGGUGCUUCUGAAAGAAUUGAACAUCCCCAUGGUUGAUGUUCUGAAGCAGUGCCAAGAGACCAUCAACUCAUUCCGCAAGAAGAAAAAAGUUGGUAAUCUUUUCAAGGGCACAGUAUUAUCUGUCAGUGAUGGCUGCUCUUUCAAGCCAUUAUGUGCAGGUGGGAGAUCCCAAAUGCCAUGCUUGAUGUUCUCUUGUUUGGAUGCAAAUGAUCCUGAAUUGGAGAAAAUUACACAUGUUCUUGCCAACAAGAUAUGUCCUGUUAUACUUGAUACUAUCAUCAAAGGUGACCCCCGGAUUAACUCUGCAAACAUCGUCUGGAUUAAUCCCGAUACAACAUCUUGGAUAAGAAACUCUCGCAGGAAUCAGAAGGGUGAACUGGCCCUGGAUAUUGUUCUUGAAAAGUCAGUAUGCAAACGAAGUGGCGAUGCAUGGAGGAUUGUUCUUGACUCAUGCCUUCCUAUACUUCAUUUAAUUGACACGAAACGGUCAAUUCCAUAUGCAAUAAAGCAAGUUGAGGAAUUGCUUGGAAUAUCAUGUGCUUUUGAUCAGGCAAUCCAGCGUCUUUCGACGUCAGUUGCAAUGGUGGCCAAAGGCGUUCUGAAGGAGCAUCUCAUGCUCCUUGCAGAUAGUAUGACUUGCUCUGGAAGUCUGAUUGGCUUCAACUCUGCUGGAUAUAAAGCCUUUUCCCGGUCACUGAAUGUCCAAGUUCCAUUCACCGAAGCAACACUUUUUACACCCAGAAAAUGCUUUGAGAGAGCUUCGGUGAAGUGUCACGUGGAUGCUUUGUCAAGUGUCGUGGCAUCUUGUUCCUGGGGUAAAUGUGUUGCUGUUGGCACAGGCUCCAAGUUUGAUAUCCUCUGGGGCACAAAAGACAGGGUGGAUUCGAAACAGGAGGGUGCCACUGAAGUGUAUAGUUUCCUUCAUAUGGUAAGAGGCCCCAAUAUGGAAGGAAGAGGAGAUUCUACUUGUCUUGGUGUUGAUAUUGAGCAUCUUGACUGGGAAGAGGAAAAUGCAGAGCUCAACCGAUCUCCAGAAAACAAUUCUGAGAAACCCGUUUUUGAAGACAAUGUUGAAUUCCAGGAGAAUGUCGACGUUCAGCCGAAUGGAUGGAAUUGGGACAAAGUCACAUUGACAGAUCAUGGAUCCAGUGGUUGGGAUGCUAGUGCUACCUGGGAGAAGAAUGACAAAGAUUCAACCACAACAGGAAACAAUGGACAAAAUACUGCAUGGUCUAAUUGGGGAUCCAAGAAAGCAGAGAGCCAACUUAUAGACUCUCAAGCGGAUGAUGCAAAGAGCAGUUGGAACAAUUUGGCAUCUGGUAAUAAAGAUGCUGAUAACAACCAGUUUGGUGUUCAUGACUCAAAGGAUUCGAACUGGGGCAAUGGUAGAACUGAUGAUGAUGAUGAUCUUCAUUCUACAAAAUUCGAUCAAAAUUCUUCCAAAUCUGGUGGAUGGGGGGCUGCUGCCUGGGGUAGUGAUGGUGGCUCUCAGAGCAGAAAGAGUUGGGAUGUUUCUGAAAAAUCUGUAGUCGACGGAAUUCAAAGAAGUAAAUCGGAACAACAAAGUGAUGGAUGGGAAACUACAAGCUGGGGGAAGAAACCGGAUGAUGAAAUGAGUUGGGGUUGUGCUCAAAGUGUCAAAGAUAAGUCUGGAAGAGCUGAUCUGGACGACUCUACCAAAGCCAAUGACCAACCUUCUUUAUCUGGUGGAUGGGAUGCUGUGGUUGGGGUCAUGAAUGAAGUCGGUCCACAAAGUGAAAAAGAUUGGAAUACCCGAACUACAGAAACUGAAAAACAGAGUCAAUGGGAAACUGCAGGAUGGGGCAAAAGGGCUGAGGGCAGUGAGGUGUCUCGAGAGGGUUGGAACAGCACUCAAAAUGCAGAUGAUACCUCCAAAAAAGUUUAUGAAGAUGGUUCUCAACUUGGUAAACGUUGGAAUAUUUCUCACAGUCCUAAAACUAAGGAAUCAGAUGAACAGAGUCAAUGGGAAGCCACAGGCUGGGGACAAAAGGCUGAGGAUAGAGAUAUGUCUCAACGAGGCUGGAAUACUUCUAAAAGUGUUGAUGACAUAUCUGGCAGAGCUGAUGCAGAUGGUCUUCAUUCUACAAGACCCAAUGAACCGUCUUCCACAUCCGGUGGAUGGGGUACUGUGGCCUCGGGACAGAGCGAAGGCAGUUCUCAAAUUGGAAAAAGUUGGAAUACUCAAAAUUCUAAAGCUGAAGGAACAGAAAAAUCAAGUCAAUGGGAGCGUCAGAGCCAAUGGGGAGGAGAUUCAAAGAAGAAAAGCAAGGGACAGCAUACUGAAUGGAAAAUGAGAAGGAGCCUUUCGCGACCUCGUGAAAUGAUAAAUGAGGACCCAGCUGCUCCUCGCAUGUACACGGUAACGAGGCAAAGAUUAGACAUUUUCACAUCAGAGGAACAGGAUAUACUCACAGAUGUGGAGCCGAUCAUGCUGUCAAUUCGAAGGAUAAUGCAUCAGUCUGGGUACAAUGACAAUGAUCCGCUGUCAGCUGAGGAUCAAUCCUACGUAAUUGAUACGGUUUUAAAUCACCAUCCGGAUAAAGCAGCUAAGAUGGGAGCAGGAAUUGAGCAUCUGACGGUUAGCAAACAUAGCAGCUUCCAAGACAGCCGAUGCUUCUAUGUGGUCUCCACCGAUGGUUCUCGGGUGGACUUUUCAUAUCGUAAGUGUCUAGAGAAUUUUGUCAAGACCAAGUACCCUGAUGCUGCAGACUUAUUUAUUGGAAAAUACUUUAGAAGACCCCGCUCCGAGGGAAAACGGGAGCAGAGCGUUGCCCCAGAAGAGCCUACAGAAAAUAGAUAGGGGUAAAUUCUUGUGUAUUUGGAAAGUAUUUUUCUAGGUUAGAAUCUCAGUUUUUUAUGCGGGAUUUGGUCGUCUGCUCUUUUUGAUUUGUACAUAUAUUAAGCAGAUGACUCUGUAAAUAUCGAAUUGCCAAUGCCCUUUUCUGCUAAUUGUAUCUUUUCCUUCUCUCGGUUAAUCAUUUUGGAGGACUCAAUUA